AUGAGACUGCUAGUUAUUUGCCUUCUGCUGCUGGCCUUUAUACCUGAGACUAAAUGCCGAAUCCUUGAACGAUUCAUGGAGAUCAGGAAUCCGGAUAUUGAUCCUUCCUGGUACACUGGGCGAGGGAUCCGACCUGUGGGGCGGUUUGGCAGACGACGAGCAGCUGCAGAAAAUGUCCAGAAGUCUGGCAACAGGCAUCUUCAAGCUUGUUUCCCUGUAGAAGAAAGCAGUGAAUCUCUGCAAGAUGAAUGA